ACUGACAGCCGUAGUAACCAACGGCGCCGUGGAGGCGGGAGGCGGACUCCGCCUGACAGCCAAUGGCAGCGAGAGGUUGGCGGGCAGCCAAGCGGCUAACGGCAGUGAGGUCGUUCCCGGGGCCUAGACUCUCCUGCGGCCCCAGCACCAAUCCUGGCCGGGCUGCUCCCGCUAUCUGCCGCCUGAGCAUACGCCCGGACCACCCCCGCCCCGCUGCGCCUAGAACUGAUCACCAGUUCCCCUUCCUCGACCGCCCUUGCGCCAUGGCAGAGCCGCGGUACCUGCAGGCCGACUGCACUUUUCGACCCGGGACACACACGGUGCGGGUGACUCUGGCUCGCACUGCGCUGCGGGUGGAGGUGGAGGCUCACGGCACCGCCGACCUGUGGAGGGGCGAGUUCGAUGCUGCUUUCAUCGAGGACCUGACCCGCAAAACGGGGAAUUUCAAGCAGUUUGGCAUUUUCUGCAGCAUGCUGGAGUCAGCGCUGAUGCAGAGCAGCGAGUCCGUCAGCCUGGAGCUCCUCACCUACGCCGACCUGGAGACCCUGCGUAGCCGGAAAGUGGGGGCAAUCGCCCGGCCUCCCCCUUCCUCCUCUUCCCCCCUCAGCACCAAGCGCUACCUUAUCCUCGUCUAUUCUGUGGAGUUUGAUAGGAUCCACUACCCGCUGCCGCUGCCUUAUGUCGGGCGGCCGGACCUUGCCACACUGGUGCGGGAGUUGCGGGAGGAGCUGGCACGGCUCCGGGCCCGACGCCUGGAGGACAUCCAGCACCUGCGGGACGCGCUGCGACGGGCACUGGAGGAGAAGCGGAUGGCAGAGGCCCGGCAUCAGCGUGAGCACCGUCAACUGGCUGCCCAGCUGGCUGAGGCAAAAGCAUCAGAGCAGAGGCUGCAGCUGCGGGUGAAGAGCCUGACAGCCGAACUGGCCUCCUGCAGGAGGGGCCGCCGGACAUCUGCCAGCACGGCCCCCUGCCCCCAGGAGCGACGCUCGGCAUCCCUGGAGAGCCACAGGAGCAGCCGGGGCCGCCCCUCUCUGCGAUCCCCAUCACCUGCAGGCUCCCGCCUCCCACGCUUCGACCCCACUGCCUUCGUCAGGGCCCGGCAGCGACGGCAGAAGGAGGCUGAGCUCAGAAACCAGCGGCACAGGGCAGCUUUUGGCAGCUCCAGUCCGGUGAGGAGCCAUGGGCGCAGCUCGUCGGCCACAAGCUUCCGGAGCUGGUGCUCGGCAGUGAGCUCUGGCAGCAAAGGCAGUGAGUGCCCCGAGGCUGUGCCCCACAGGGACAGGAGGGUGACCCGUACCCAGAGACCCCUGAGCACCUCAUCCUGCAAUGGCCCCUGUAUGGCACCUCGCCUGGCUGCCAGCCACAAGGUGCCCAUACGCAGUGCUGCUGGCAAGCACCCUGGUAAAGAGAACCACUCUGAGGAGCCCUCAGCCGAGCUGGCUGAGAUUGAUGCCCGGUUGUGGGCGCUGCAAGAGUACAUGGACAGCCUGGACACCUGCAUGUGACUCCCCCCCAGGGACUCCCAGCCCCUCUGGGAACCCUCCCCCCUCCCUGUGUCAGGGGCUGACGGUGGUGUGGGGCAAGUAUUCCCCCAAAUAAACCUUUGUCUGGCCCUA